ACGAAUUCGCGCAUCGCAGUGACGGACAGGAAGGAGAAGGAGACCUGUACACUUCACAACAUUCUGGUUUAUAUUUAUCCUUUGUCUAACUCUUGCCGCGUCUCCAAAUGCCUGGCUUAUGAUUUCCGAGCUGUUUGUGCUACUAUCCUCCUUUCCUGCUCUGGAAUGAGUGUUGCAACCUACUCAAUCCCUCCCUCAUAGCGAGCCAACAUGACUUCCCGCGAUCCCUCUGCCGCGCCCUCCCCAGCGCCCUCCGAUGGCGACACUAUUGACGACCAAGCGGAAGAUGUAAAACCCGACAUUACCGAACUCGAUCCAGACCAAUCCCAGAGUAUGGACGAGCCUGCUCCAAGCCGAACGCCGGUGGUGGGACGUCGCGGAGGUCGUACCAGGCCCUCCACGGGUAGAAAGGCGAAACCCAAGGGUGGAGCGAUUUGGAUUCAGGAGCAGCCGCAAGAGGGCACAGAGGAUGAAGGCAGCGUCAUAUCCACCACAAGAACCAAGAAAUCAGAAGCCACUCCAGAGUCCGAAGCCAGAACGGUGGGGACGACAGUUGGUACUCGGAGGCAAGCCAAUGGGACUGUUGGCUCUGUCUACUCAGGCAGUAAGAUUCGACAUAUCAAGAAACCAGACGGCACUCCUCUAUGGCGUAAGGAGAUCCAGUACGAAUUUUUGAAGAUAGUCACUGAGGACGACAAACCGGUCUUUACGAGAAUCAGCGAUGGUCAGAAAGGAUGUACGUUUGCCGAAGUCUACGUGGAUUGCAUGGCCCGCAGCUCCAAAACCAGCAAAGUCCUCAAGGACAGACUCCAGAUCGACAAACAAGCUGCCCAGAACAUGGCGAUGAUCUGUCUCUUGGUCAAUGUUGCCAGGAUGAAUACGACAUUGAACUUCUUCCCGGAGAUGAGGGCGCAACUCCGGACGUACCAUUCCAUCCCUUCGUUGCAGGCGUACAAAAGUCAAAAGGACUACAAAUCUCUUCAGGAUGCUCCAAGGUUGAAGAGCAUCCUGAAAGGUGCCAGCGAGGACACCGAUGAACCGCGAACGAUUCCUGCGCUGAAAGCCAAGCCGGCUCCAAGAACCAAUCCCGUUAACCUCAUUUUCGUCCUCUCACAAUAUGCACCCGAUGUCAGUGAAACGCAUUUUACUGACAAGGUCGAUUUCUUCGACCUUGCCAUGCGCCCGACCAUUUCUUCCGCAAGUCGGGCCAGGGCAUUUCUAUGGUUGAUGUGGUGGUACUUAGAAUCAAACUUCACCAAGGAAGAUGCUUUGAAUAAUCCCUAUGGGCCAGGCGAGUACAAAGAAGGCGAAGACCCGGAUGAUCCGGACACGGUACCGCAACUCGUUCCGAAGCUGGUCAAUAUAUCCGAGGAGGAAGGCGAUGCUGAGAAUGCGGAUCCUCCAGAAGAGAUUGCCUUCGCAGAGAAAAUGACCAGAGAAAGAAAACGAAUCAUGCUUGAAGUCGCCAACGAACCACCUCUGACCAUGGCCGACCCGGGCAAUUUAGACCAUAAAGUAUUGAAGCGGCUCAAGAAGGGGGCAUUUGCAGACGACGAAUCUUUGAUAUCUGAUGCAGACUCGCGCGCAAGCCCCGGAUUUGGUCGGUCGCCAGCUCCUGAUGCUUUGGGCCAGCAUGGACAUGUGAUGACUGCACUUGGUGGCCAAGCGGAUAGUUUGGAUGAUGACUGGGAGGCGGUUGAUCCUCAUCCUGGGCGAGGGCGCUAUAAGCGUGUCAAAGGGAAGAACACGCCGACACGAUCCAAGGCUCUUCGCCAAAGUGAUGGCGCGAAAAGCCUGCUACGAUCUGGGCGCAACACUGGAACCCCGGAUACAGUCGAACGCACCAGGGGCACUCCUCAGCCGUCAGCGAAUGGUCUUACAAGUCACCUUGGUGCGCAUCGCGUGGAAUCAGGCUUGGGCCGUGCCGGGGAGCUGGCAUCAGGUAAUUCUACCACAAAAUCAAGGGCUAGAACGGGUUAUCAACGCGAACUUGAGGAUCAUAGGAUGAAGCGAGUGCAGUGGGCUCUGCGGCGGCGACGAAGACAGGCAUUGAAAGAAGCUCAGCAACUGAGAGAGCGCGCCAGUUUUGUGCUCAGGGCAGCCCGACGUAUCGUCGAGUUGCCUGCCACUUAUGACAGUGAGGAGGAUGAGGGACAUGGUUGCUUCGGCCUCGGCGGCUUGAUGGGUCGAAAGUGGUACGGUGAUCCACAGGAAGACCAGCUGGGUGGGGUGCCUCCCGGUUAUGAACCUGAUGACUGUGGCGAAGAAGCGGAAACUUGGACCAAGGUGCUUAAGAGAGCGCGUAAUCGCCUUGAAGUCUGGGACGGAGACCGGGAUAUUACCGAAUUGAAGAGACGCAUCGAACAAGUCAAUCAGCGUCACGAGAUUGUGGUAGAACCCAUUGCCCUUCCACCCACCCCGGUGGUCGCCAAUGGCACGCGGAAGAAGCCUCGCAAGCGGCCAACACCAGUACGAGCGAGCAACCGUGGCAGUGGACGAAUUGUCAAACCGGCACGAACCUCAACCAGCCGGGAUCUCAACGACGAAAUCACACAAGACUUGCUUGCCGAGAGAAGCGACGAAGAAAUGGACGAUGAUGACUCCGUGGACAUGGACGAGGACGCAAACGUGGAAGAAAGCGACGUCAACAUGGACUAAUGUGUACACUUAUUGAGAUUUUUCUUUCGUGGUUACCUGGGAAUAAGCUGAGACUCCAGAUUGUGUGAAUAGGCGUGCAUGUAAUUCUUCUAUUCAGGCGAGCUUACCAACGCCUCGAGUGGGUAGAUUGCAUCAACUGUUCGCCCUGGCCAGAGGGCCGCUACUAGUAGGAUUGUUCAUACGAAUCUGCUACUUCAAGAGUCUUGCAUUGUAAUCUGCUUGCCCGGCAACACGGCUGCUCUCUCAGGCUGUCCUCUGGAGAGAAAUAAGCCGCGGGACAAUUCAUGCACAACUUGAACCUUGG